AUGGCUGCUAUGAGGACUUUAACCGUGGCAGGUCUGUUUUUGGCUUUUUGCGCUUUGGGACUGAUCGCGGUGGCGAUCAGCACCGACAACUGGUACGAGACUGACGCCAGGAGGCACCGGGAACGCUGCAAGAAUUACUCAAACAAAAGAAACGACCCCGGCUACAUUUACAUCUCCAACAACAACCUUCCGCUUCGGAUGCUGCCAAAGGAGAAAAACGUUGAAAGAAAGGGCUCCAGUGUCAGCGGCGAAAUGCUGCUGCGGGCUAAGCGGCACUUCUUGCCUCCUGCCCCGGCAAUGGAGUCUCUCUGCAGUCGGCAUUUCAACUCCACCGUCACCGGACUGUGGAGAAAGUGCCACAGAGAAGGGUUUGACUUGGAGACGGAGGAUUUGAUCUUUAAAGGAUUGGUUCCACGCUGCACACCAAUAAAAUACUACUACUCAUCAUCAGAGCUCCCCAGAAAUCUGCCAAUCAAUCUGACGAAGACAAUAAGGCAGGAUGAGUGGCACGCGCUUCAUCUCCAGAGGAUGACUGCCAGUUUCAUAGGAAUGGCCAUAUCCAUCAUCAUGUUCGGCUGGAUCAUAGGCGCUCUGGGCUGCUGUCAAGACCACGAUCUGAUGCAGUAUGUCGCCGGACUUCUCUUCCUCAUGGGAGGGACGUGCUGCAUAAUCUCCCUUUGCACGUGUGUGGCCGGAAUCAACUUUGAAUUGUCCCGCUAUCCGCGCUACAUGUUUGGCAUACCAGAGGACAUCAGUCAUGGUUACGGCUGGUCCAUGUUUUGUGCGUGGGGUGGACUGGGCCUCACGUUGCUGGCUGGCUUCCUGUGCACACUCGCUCCCUCCCUCUACCCCCCACAGGCCAGUGCGGUGCACAAGCCCAGACAGGAGAACGGCUGUGUGUGACAGGCCGCGGGCAUACCAAACAGACACCUGUCUCAUCUGUGAAACAGUGACGAGCCCUGUUCCAGAGACAGCUUCACCCAGGGACUCAGAGAAAAGAGAAAGCCUUCACUUAGCCAGGCACAGAGAAAGCAUGGGACACUUGCUCGCACUCACAUGGGAAAUGAUAAAGAGGUGACAUUUGACUGAAGAUGGUUUCAGUUCCUCUGGUGCUUUUUGAUUUUUUUCUUCUGUCCCUCUUUAUGAAUAAACUGUUGAGUGUCAUUGCUUGCUCUUCAAGAGGAGAAUAUAACAAUUUCUUCUUGUAAAAUCUGCUAGUUUGAGAAGAAAAACAGAAUAAAAAAGAGAAAAAGAUGCACUGGCAGGAGGUCAAUAGCACAACUUUCAAAUGGGAACUGAAGAUCAAACCAUGGACUUGUAAUUCACAUUUCAAAGGGCAACUGUGUAUCAUUAUGUACCCAUUCAAAACAAGAUAUGUACAUGUACUUUAUGAAUUGUAUGUAUGCAGAUGCAUUUGUGUUUAUUCAAGGAAAAAAAAAAGAGAAUUAGACCAAACUGUGUUUGAGGGAAGUGUUUUGUUGUUCUUGAGGUCUUACCCCUGUCGGAAUAUUUUUGAAAAAUAAAAGAGCCAUGCAAAAGUAUUUUUUUUUCUUCCCCCCUCAUGUAAUGCACUGAACAGACAUCAUAUAAAAAGAAACAAAAGCAAAAAAA